UCUCUGCCAAAGGCUUGAGAGGCAGACUGGAGUGGCUAGAUGGGCUCAGAGCAGAGCAGUGUCAGGAUGGACGAGGAUGUGCUGACAACCUUGAAGAUUCUCAUCAUCGGCGAGAGUGGAGUGGGCAAGUCCAGCCUGCUCUUGAGGUUCACAGUUGAUACUUUUGAUCCAGAACUUGCAGCAACAAUAGGUGUUGACUUUAAAGUGAAAACAAUUUCCAUGGAUGGAAAUAAGGUUAAACUUGCAAUAUGGAAUACUGCUGGUCAAGAGAGACUUAGAACAUUAACUCCCCGCUAUUACAGAAGUGCACAGGGUGUUAUAUUACUUUAUGAUGUUACAAGAAGAGACACCUUUGUUAUACUGAAUAAUUGGUUAAAUGAAUUGGAAACAUACUGUGCAAGAAAUGACAUAGUUAAUAUGCUACUUGGAAAUACAGUUGAUAAGGAAAAUCGUGAAUUUGAUAGAAAUAAAGGCCUGAAAUUUGCAAGAAAGCAUUCCAUGUUCUUUGUAGAGGCUAGUGCAAAAACCUGUGAUGGUGUACAAUGUGCCUUUGAAGAACUUGUUGAAAAGAUCAUUCAGACACCUGGACUGUGGGAAAGUGAGACCCAGAGUAAAGGAGUCAAACUGUCACACAGGGAAGAAGGCCAUGGAGGAGCAGCCUGUGGCAGUUAUUGAUCUGUAUUAUAAACUCUGGGAAAUUCCAUGUUUUGCAUAUUUGAUCAGAUAGUGACAUCUUUCUGUACAUAAACUCCUUAACUGCUAUUUUAGGGACCUUGCAGUUUGCACAUGAUAGUUUAUCAUGGCAGUAAAUAUUUGUAAGAAAUCUCACUCAUCAGUUUUCCCAGGUAAAAUGUUAUGGUAAGCAUGAAUAGUUUG